AUGCAUCGCUUCCCCACAACUUCCGGUCAAGGAUUUUCUUUUCUUUUUUUAAUGGGAAGUGAAUGAAAUUACCAUAGAGCUAGAAAGAGGGGGGAAAUUGAAGACAAUCUGGAAUGCUUGGUUAGGGCUAAAUAAAAGGGGCUGAAAAAAAAACCAAAGAAAGCACUCUUUAAAUAAAUUAAUUGGGGGGGGUGAGCUGCUUAAAGAAAUCAGUGAAGAAAUUCGGGAUUUUAUCAUGACUUCGAAUGGAUUACAGCAUCUCCCUACCUAGAAGGAAAAGGUAGCAGAGAAAAUCAGAGCUCAUCCUUUUUUCAAACGUGCGUCGUAUUUUGCGUGCUUAAUUGCUUGUUGCUUACAAACAUUCAUUGAAAUGUUAUGAUAAUUCAACUGCGAUCGGGGAGGGCCGUUUUAACUGACACUCUGGAUAUAGAAGGUUAAAAGGUGGGCUGAUAAUGAGACUAUUUGGGACUCUUACGAACCAAAAACCCUCCAGGUACUCGUAACUGUCCCGUCCUUAAUUUGCAAUCCAUCAGAUCCAGGGUUUAGUUCUAUGCAGAAACAUUGAGCUUUACUGAUUUGCACGGAGCCGUAUUAUACUUUUAAGAUGUUUUAAAAACUCUUUUGUUAAAAAUCCAUGAGCUCUUGUUUAGCUUAUUUUUUAAAAAAUGUAUUUCAUUGAUUUUAAAUGGCAAAUAGCAAUACAGUGCAGAAAAAACUUAAUAAAUAAUUGUCGAAGUGGAAUGCAGAGCCUUAACAAAAAGAAGAAAGAAAAUAUUGACGAAAGAGUUGUGGUGACUUAUAUUCCAAUGAAAGCUGUCAAAUAAAAGUUUCGUUCCAUAAUGUUUCCAUGCGGUGAUGGUGGAUGGAAAGAAACCAUGUUCAGUCGAUUUUGCAGAGUCUAAGCUGUAACAUAGCUGUCAACUUUUUCCCUUUUCUUGCGAGGAAUCCUAUUCGGAAUAAGGGAAUUUCCCUUUUAAAAAAGGGAAACGUUGACAUCUACGUGUACAGAAAGUAUUGGGGGUCCAUAUAGGAACGAUGCCCGUAUUUGCGAGAUCCAGCUUCGAAAAUGUUUGCUCCCCAGAGAUUUCCCGUAUUUUGCUGCCACUAAUUUAGCCAGUUGACGAUAAGCGCGGAAUGACACCUUUAUAGGUUACAUACCUCGAUUCUGUGGGGCAAAGUAGGAUCAACAAGGCGGGUUUCGUUCCUCAUUUGAACGUGAUCUAUUUAAUUGUGUCCAGUGCUUUUUUUUUCUUUUAAAAUGUUUAGAGGUGCUCUCAUUUUCCUACUGAUAUUGAAAUAUACUGCCCCCCAAUGAGGCCAAACUUAGAUUCACAAAAUGUUUAGGGGUACCCGUCCCCCUGCGCCCCCCCCCGAGAAAAAAAGCACUGAUUGUGUCACUUAAUAAGGGAACCGGAGGAACGACUAUAUUUCAGUAGUCCUAAAAAGAAAAGGCAACUCUCCUCCGCUGAAGAAACUAACGCCAAAGGCAACCAAAAAGUUCCGUCUCGGAAGUAUCGCGUACUUUCACAUCUCUAUACUUUUUGCCAAGCUCUAAUUGUAAAUUUGGGCCGUUAGAGAGGACCUCGCCCUCUGCACGUGAUUGGGGCGGCCGGGCUCAGCGUCGUGAUUGGGCGAGCGGGUGGCGUUCGAAGUGGCGGCGCGCAUUUCGUCUUCUCUGUCUCUUAUUGGGCGGCGGGCGCGCGCGCGCGCGCGCUGGGGGUGCUUCGUUCGGUGCUUCCCGCGCUUUCCCCCCAUUCGCUGAGGCGCCGCCGGCGGGCCGGUUGGUCGUGUUCCGAGGUCUUCUCUGCGGGCCUCUCUCUCCUCCUGAGGGGAUUCUUUUCCGAAGCGGCCAUGGCCGACGCUCCUCCGCCCGCGGCCCCCUCGUGGGAGUUCAGCCUGCCCUUGUCGCCCGCCGACUUGCUCCGCGGCGCGGGGCCCUCGCAGUACGUGGUGCAGGAGGUGCUGCCCCCGAAACAGCUCCCGGGGCAGCUGGCAGGUGGGUAGGAGGCGGGCGCUGACGUCGCCGGGGCUCGGGGCAAGCCUACUCGGGAGUAAGGCUCCUUCCCGCCUUCAUCUGAGCCGGGCUUACUCCCGAGUAACCGUGCAGCUUGAGAGGCGGUGGUAUAUGUGUGUGUGUCGAGGUCUGUUCCCAGAUACAACAGGCGGACUGCACGAGAAUCACAGAAUUGUGAGUGUGAUUAGAGUGUAAUUAGAAUAGGAAAACGUACAAAAUGCAAUGAUAUAAAGGUUAAUUUUGUUUUUUUGUUUUUUUUUAAAUGAUUUUUAUUAAGGUAUCAAUAAAAAGUUAGAAAUAAAAACAUAAAACUAAAAGUACACAAAUACACAAUACAUAAUCCAAAAAGAGAAGGAAAACACAGAAAACAAAAUACAAAAAAAACCAGAACAAUUAAAAACAAUAUCACUUUUCCAUUUCCGUUUUUGAAUUUACUUAUUUUCUGGACUUCCUCAUACCUCCCUCUUUUGUAUUCCAGUCCAAAUUGUUUGUCCAGCAAUUUCUUUUCCACUUUUUUAAUCCCAAUCUUUAAUCUUAAUAUAAUAUAACACUUAAACUUCUUUAAUCCUAAUCUUUAAUCUUAAUGUAAUAUAGCAUUAAAAUUUUACCUCUUAAGUACCAAAUUUCCAUUUCCUUAAACAUCUUUAAUCCUAAUCUUUAAUCUUAGUCUAUCGAUAUAAAGGUUAAUUUUGAAAGCCAUGAGGCCGGAAGGAAGUUGAUAGGCACUAAAGAGCCAGGACGGUAAAGUGGACAUCGAGGAUGUGAAUGUAUAUAACUAAAUGGAAAAUAAAUAAAAAUUAUAUAUAUAUAUAUAUCGCAAUUUUAUAGUUCAAAUCGGGAAAAAUAAAUACAGUAAAUGAAGAGAAGUACAAAGAUUCACAAAAUGUUUAGGGGUAUGCGUACUUAUGCAUCCCCCCAGAAAAAAAGCACUGAUUACCUGACUGCGACCCCCUUGUCACAUAUAAAACAGCCUUGGAAAAAGCCACUAAAAUUAUUUGCCAGUCACAUAAAAGACAGCAUAGAUUGUGCAGGGGAGUCAUUAAUUUGAUUUAUUGUAAAUGGUUGCUUGUUUCUGGAUCUUAAUGGGUUUUAUUGGGUUUGGUGCUUUUGUAACUGGAUUUGUAAUGCCUUUUAGUCAAAUACAAUAAAUGACUGAUUGAUUGAAGAGAGAGAGAGAAUCACAGAAUUGUAGACAACCCCGACCAGACAAGAAUGGGAAACUAAGUUGAUGGACUGUGCUGAAAUGGCAAAAUUAACUGGGAAGCUCAGAAACCAAGAAGACAUUUUUUGUCUGCCUCCCCACCCCCACGCAGAGCGUUUCCUAUGAGAAGUGCCAGUACUACCACCACUAAAUCAAUAGGACACACACACACCAUCCACUGUUCUGUAAAAACACCUUAAUCCUGAUUCUAUUUUAUUCUUUAGUAGAUUUACAAAAAGAAAAACACACACCAAUAAAGAAAUUAGAAGGGGGCAAUGUUAGAUGUGGACGCACAAAGCAUUUUUUAAAAUAAUAAUAAUAAAAAAACAAGACUCCUUGCGCUCCGCUCCCCUUUUAUUCUUGCCCCUCAGAGCUGGCACAUCACAUGGGCCUGGGCCUUGCUAGUGGCAGCCUCUCCUCACCCGCUCUCCAGCAGCCGCUAUGAGCUGCCUAGAGGAGGAAACUAUCAGUGGCAGCCAUGGAGAGGCAACAGGAUGCUCCCUCGCAGCCACCGCUCUGGACUAGUGUUGGCUCAUCAUCCUCUCUGGGGUUUUUUUGCAAAAAUUUUAUUAGUUUUUACAAUAUCAACGACAAACAAAAACAUAAAACAAACAAAACAUAACAAACAUAAAUCCUAACCUUAUUGAAAAUAACAGUUAUUUACUUUGUAAAAUGACUUCCUCGUUUCCCCUUAGUUGAAUUUCACUGCAUAUUCUUAUAACGGUUUUCCAAAUCCCAAUUUUAAUACUCUAGAUUAAACGUUAACAUCUUUAAAUCUUUUCCUUCUUGUAUUAAACAUAUUAUUUUGUCAGUUAACAUAAGUAAAAUCCUAAGCCCAUUGAGUAUCUGGACGCUACUUCCAGUUAUUUUAGCUUAACAAAUUUAGCUAAAUAAUCAUUAAAUUUCUUCCAUUCUUCAUGGUGUUCCUCCUCCUUCUGGUCGCAGACUCUUCCGGUUAGAUCGGCUAGCUCCAUAAAAUCCAUCAUCUUCAUCUGCCAUUCUUCUACUGUUGGUAAUUCUUGAGUUUUCCACUUUUUAGCUAACAGAAUACGAGCCGCAGUUGUGGCAUACAAAAAUAGAUUAACAUCUUUCUUGGGCAAUUCCGAACGUAUUAUUCCAAGAAGAAAGGCCUCUGGUUUCUUUGUAAAUGUAUCUGUCAACAUUUUUUCAAUUCAUUAUAAAUCUUUUCCCAGAAGUCUUUCACCUUGGGGCAGGUCCACCACAUAUGAAAGAAUGUUCCUUCCUUUUCUUUGCAUUUCCAACAUGUAUUAUCACAGUUAUGAUACAUCUUUGCUAAUUUUACAGGAGUCAAAUACCAUCUAUACAUCAUCUUCAUAAUAUUUUCCUUUAACAAAGUACAUGUGGUGAACUUCACCCCUUUCUUCCACAGUCUUUCCCAGUCCUCAAACAUUAUAUUAUGUCCUAAAUCUCUUGCCCAAUCUAUCAUCACCGAUUUAACUUGUUCAUCUUUCGUAUGCCACUCCAGCAAAAGCUUGUACAUUUUAGAUAAGUUUUUACCUUCAGUAUCUAACAACUCCAUCUCCAACUUGGAUUUUUCCAAGGCAAAACCAUUUUUCUUAUCCAGUUUAUACAAUUUGUUAAUCUGGUGGUAAUGUAACCAAUUUAACUUAUCUUUAAUUUGCUCAAAUGGUCUUAAUUUAUAACCUUCCUCUUCCUCUAUUAAUAAGUCAUAAUAUCUCAACCAUUUGGUAUCCAUAUUUAAUUUUUUCUGGGCCUUUGCCUCCAUUGGUGAAAGCCAUCUGGGCGUCUUUCUUUCUAAAAGGUCUUUGUAUUUUAUCCAAGCAUUAUACAACGAUUUCCUAAUUAUAUGAUUUUUAAAUGCUUUAUGGGCUUUUACUUUAUCAUACCACAAAUAUGCAUGCCAACCAAACACAUUAUCAAAUCCUUCCAAAUCUAGUAAAUCUGUAUCUUCUAAUUUCAUCCAUUCUUUAAUCCAACAAAGUGCAGCAGCUUCAAAAUAGAUUUUUAAAUCUGGCAGAGAGAAACCCCCUCUUUCUUUAGAAUCCGUAAGUACCGUAUUUUUCGCCCCAUAGGACGCACCGGCCCAUAGGACGCACCAAGUUUUUUGGGGGGGAAAUAAAGAAAAAAAAAUUAUUUCCCCCCCCCCAGGUGCUUGUGGGGCCGGUAGCGGGGAGAAGCGCUCUUCUCCCCGCAGCCCGCCUUCAGACCAGGUCCGGGGACAGCAGGAAGACGCGCUGCGCCUCCCAGCUUGCGGGGCUGGCGGCGGGGACUCCCCGCAGUCAGCCUGCAAACCACUUCGGGAGACAGCGGGAUGGCGGCGUUCCGCCUCCCUCUGUCCCCCGACCUUGUGGGGCUGGCGCUGGGGCUCUCCUGAAGCCUGCAUUCACCCCAUAGGACGCACACACAUUUCCCCUUCAUUUUUGGAGGGGAAAAAGUGCGUCCUAUAGGGCGAAAAAUACGGUAAUUUGUAUUUAAUUCUGGGUUUCCUCCCCUGCCAGAUAAAUCUAGAAAGAGCUUUUUGCCAUUCUUUAAAACAUUUUACAUUGUCUAUAACUGGGAGGGCUUGAAACAAAAAAAGCAUCUUUGGCAAAAAAAGCUCAUCAUCCUCUCUGAGCUCAGUGGCAGCAGCUGACAUCCAUCUGUCUUGGGAGACAGUGGAGGAGUUUGCCUUUGGGGGUGAGGUCAAGCUAUUGGAAAGUUGCACUGGCUGUGGAGACCAAUACGGGAAAGACAUGCUUUGUGGCAGGUGAAGGCAUCCAGUUAUUUUGCUGCAGAUGCACCAUGGUGUUUCUUAUCACUGUGCUGCAGCACUGGCAGGGGAAAUAGGGACAUUCCAGGAUCAAAUCAAGCUGGGAUGGCUGUCCCUGGAAAAUUGGGACACCUGACGGGUAUGCUUUGGUGGCUAAUAGCUGUUAAUAGAUCUGUCUUACGUGAAUGAGUCCAAUCCCUUUUUAAAGCUAUCAGAGCUAAAGCUGAACCAACUUUGCUCCGUUGUUUACUUUCAACAUUAUUCUGACGCUGAACAGCAUUAAGGGCAGUAAUUGGAAGUAUACUGAUUUAAGUCACAAUGAGUCAUAGCCUAGUCAGCUACAGUGGUGCCUCGCAAGACGAAAUUAAUCCGUUCCGCGAGUCUCUUCGUCUUGCGGUUUUUUCGUCUUGCGAAGCACGGCUCUUAGCAGCUAUUAACGGCUUAGCGGCUUUAAGAAAAAGGAAACAAACUUGCAAGAACUCGCAAGACAUUUCGUCUUGCGAAGCAAGCCCAUAGGGAAAGUCGUCUUGCGGAACGACUCAAAAAACGCAAAACCCUUUCGUCUUGCGGGGCACCACUGUAUAUAAAAUUUGGAUCUCACGUGUGGUCUCUCUCUCUCUCUCUGCAGCAUUUCGGACAGUUUUCCGUACACAAGGAGCUCUUGCUAUCCUGCAGCAUUUUGAUACCGUGUACAGUAUCCUACAGUGAGUUUGCAUGCUCAAAAGCACUAUUGCUAUUAUUUGAAAGAGUUCAGCCUUUUGGGGUUGAGAGUCCCUGGGGCCCUUUUCUUAAUGGUAAUGCAGCUCCUCAGUAUACCAAGGAACAAAGUGGACUGCACAGCAUAGGAGAGGGCUGUCAAGAGUGAUCAUGUCAAUGGCCCUACAAGUCUCACCAUUCCAUCAUAAGACUAGUGCCUCAGUAGGAUCACCUGCUCUAUCCGCUGGGGAGGAAACCUAGAGCAGUUAGGAAUAAGAUACCUUCAGUCUGCAGGGGUGGGCUAUCCUAACUAGUCCCCCACCCUUGCAGGGGAGAAUUGUCACUGUAAAGCCAAACCUCACCUUUAAGUGGACUGCCCAUCGCAACAAGGUGAUAACCGUUCCACCUAUUUUCAGACUGCCACCCUCCCCAAAGUGCACAGAUUAAAUGGAAGGUGUGCUCUGCUCUGUGCUUUGGACCAAUGACCAUUUGAGAAAGACCAUUGGAGGCUGUGAACUCCCAAGCUGGAUCCUAAGUGAAGUCAUCCAAAACCCCUGUUCUGGGUUUCUUCAGCAUCACACCUGAGACGACCUCAGUCAGGGAAGCUGUAAAGCAGUAGCGUGGGUGGUACACCAAUAGCAUUCCUAACCUGUCUCUGACCCAACAGCAGAUCCAGGCCUUGCAUUACAUAAUGUACUUUAAAAGUAUGUCUUAGGAGCUGGGGUCACUGAAUGCAGUUCUGAACUGAACGUGGCUCUUGCUUUUCCCUUCUUUGAACUUCACAUCUCUGCCCUGCAGCCACUUCAGAACUGUUGAUGCUGCUCUUAAAGAAGAUGCCCUAGAACUGAUGAUGAAAGGUGAGUGAGGCCCCUUGAGGCCAUGGAAAGUGUGACUUCUUUUUUUGGCAGCUUUAUGAUGCUAUCAAGGCAAAUGUGACCUCAUUGGCAGGCUGCUCCCUCAGCCCAUUCCCCUAAUAGAGGUCUGUAAUCUUGGUGGUCAGUGCAAAGCUAUGUGUGUCCGCUGUAAGGGCAGACCUACAGGAUAUCCCAUUCCUUCUGGCUUCCUCUCUAGAGGAGGCAUCCAUCUCUUGCAAAGUGUUGCAAGGAGUGGUCAGGGGCAUGGACACAAGACAAGCCUAGCGUGCCUGGGUUAUGGGUUGCUGGGUGUUGCCAGAGUUAUGGCUUUUGAGGCAACAUGAUCACAAGUCUUUGGUAAUCUGAAAGCUGUAGUGGGUUUGUAUUUCAGGCAAACAUGUGCCAAGAGCAUGCCUGGUGAUCCAUCUUCCCACUUCUCUCUACAGUUGUCGCCAGUCACUCCAGUGCCCUGACAGCCAUCAUGAACAAUGCUGACCUAGCACCUUCACUUCGUGCUCUUCACCAUAAUGCUCUCAAGAUGAACUGCUACCUACUAGCACGGCUGGUGGAGGCGUUUGAAAUAGAGUGUGGCAAAAGCAACCUGGUGGGGCUGGAUUCCAAGAAGAAGGUAGAAGGCUGAAUCUGAAAACUUGCUGGGCUUAAGAUGACCCUUUAGCGUCUCCACCUCCGUCGUUCUGCCCGGACACUGAGGUCCAGCGCCAAGGGCCUUCUGGUGGUUCCCUCGCUGCGAGAAGCCAAAUUACAGGGAACCAGGCAGAGGGCCUUCUCGGUAGUGGCGCCCACCCUGUGGAACGCCCUCCCACCAGAUGUCAAAGAGAACAACAACUACCAAACUUUUAGAAGACAUCUAAAGGCAGCCCUGUUUAGGGAAGCUUUUAAUGUAUAAUAGGUUAUUGUAUUUUAGUGUUUUGUUGGAAGCUGCCCAGAGUGGCUGGGGAAACCCAGCCAGAUGGGCGGGGUAUAAAUAAUAAUUUAUUAUAAUUAGUAGUAGUAGUAGUAGUAGUAGUAGUAGUAGUAGUACUAUGAUGAUGACGUUGAUGAAGACAGUUACCCCAAAGUCAAAUUAAAAUCAGUCUUUCAAGUUGUAUGAUAAAAAUAAUUGAUACAUAAAAUGAAAGCUGAGAACUUAAAUAAGGACACAGCUUUCCACUGCAAGCUCCACCCACUACCACCUUCAUGUGUUGUGUGGAACAUCUGAAGGGCGAAAGACACACACAUGCAGCUGCCCAAUGUGCAUUGAUCUUGGGAGUGCAGUUUGAACAUGUGGAACCUAAUUCGUGAAGGGGUGCUGUGUGUGCUCAUUUUUCUCUUCCACUCAUACCUGAAGUUGAUGCCUUGCGUUUACAUUAACAGGGUAAGAAGAGCCAGGCUAAAGGCUUUCUCUGGGAGGAGGAAAGGCAACACGUUGUGCAGCUACUCACGCAGUUACUUCAGCUGGACCUUCAUCGCCUGUGGAACAGCUUUGUAGUGGAGGAAGAGUUUAUCAGGUGUGAAUGUUGGAGGGGUUGAACAGGAAGCUGUUUCUGGGCAAGGUCUCUGAAAGCAUGCUUUCUUACAUUGCGGAAGAGUGACAGGGAUCAGUCCGUUUGCGGGGAGGAAGGAUUGAUUAGGGCAACAAGGUAAACUUGAACUAAGGAAAAAUAAUUCAGGGGUUUAUUUAUCACCAGUAAUAUGUGUGCCUUCGAGGCUUGCAGUGUUGUGAGUAUCCCUCCUAUUUCUCUGUUCUCCCUAAUAUAAUCCAUAUCUGUUCUGAUUCCUGUUUUGAUUUUCCCUCCAGUUUAGUGACUGGCUGCUGCUACCGCAUCCUGGAGAACCCUAGCAUUGGCCACCAGAGACAUCGGCCUACACGAAAUGCAGUGAUUCAUCUGCUAGGUGUUGUUCUGCUUCGUUAUGGCCAUAUGCUCAGUAAGUCUGCUGUUGCUGGUGCACCAUAAACCCCUAACCUAAACUUCUCUACCUAUCUUCUUAUUGAAAAUGAGUCUUCUCUUACCGCAGCUAUCUUUGGUAGGUGCCACUCUGAAGGUCGUGCAGAUGCUGCAGCACUUUGAACACGUAGCUCCCGUGUUUGUGGAGGCUGUGGGUGUGUGGAUCAAGGAAUAUGGAAUGAAGAGCAUUGUGGGGGAGCUGCUAAGGUGAGAGAGGCUCUUGUCCUUGUUCCCACCCUGUUCUCAGCAGCUUCAGCCACUGACUCUUGGUUCAUUGUUCAGGGAAAUCGGACAGAAGUGCCCUCAGGAGCUGUCCCGAGAUGCCUCAGGGGUGAAGGGCUAUGCUGCCUUCCUUGUAGAACUGGCUGGACAAGCACCAGCCAUAGUGCUGGCCAACAUAAGUGUCCUCCUGCAUCACCUGGACGGAGAGGUACUCAGUAUGGGACCAUGUGAAAUGUUAAGACUGCACAACUCUCCUUUUGUUUGGCCUGAGAUCUUGAACAUAUAUGGGAGGACGGAGUUGUACUGGCUUAUUUAAAGCAAAGAAAGUCACCACCCCCACCUGCCCAGCCAGCAUCUUGCAUCUGUCAAGGCUCUGUUAUUUUGUCUGCAUCUCUUUGUUUUGGUUGCACCUCAGUAGGUUCAGAACCAGUAGCUGGCAUCUUUUCCUUUGCCCCCCCCCCCCGCCUCCCUUCGUAUGCCUGCCUUAUAACUACACUCAGGUUUCAGGCAAAACGUAUUGAGCACCCAGACCAAUCUUGUAAUUCAGAACCUGCUUUAGAAUGGAUCGUCAGCUUUCCUGAGGCUGCAGACAAAUCAUAGAGAGCUGCCCAGAAGAGUUUGGUUCAAAUACAAGAAUCAGCUCUGUGGUUCUUAAUUCGUGAAAUCCUCUCUUCUGUGGCAUCAGUCCUGCUCAUGGUUACUUGGUAAUGAGUGGUGUUGGACUCUUGAGACUUUCUUCGGAGAAAACCUUGUUUGGAUCAAUGUGCAAGUCAGCCACAACCCUGUGCUGCAGCUGGAACACUAGGGGCACACAUGUGCCAGCCCAGAAAUGUCUUUCCAGCUAUACAAAAUGGGAUGUGUGUAUGGCAUCUUAAUUCUGUAUCUCUCUCGUUCUGACUCAACAAUCAUGUCCAAGUAUUGCAUCAGGAUAUUCUGGUUUUGGAUUGCCUUUCCCUGCAGCUUCUAGCAGUCCAUGACAAAUAGGCUCAGGCUGGCACAGAGCUGCUGAUGUAGCGGGCAUCUGGCCUGCAAGUGCUGCAGAGAUGAUGCAAUUCAACCUGCUUCAUAUUGGAAGUUUCCUUGGGACGUUUGCCUCCUCGACCCCUUGUUUGUGAGAUUUUGAAAGCGCCAGGAGAAACGCCCUUCUAAACAAUAUUGUUGUCCUGCAGAGCUAUGGGAUGCGCAAUGCCAUUUUGACUGCUAUGGCAGAGGUGCUGCUGCAGGUGCUGAAUGGAGAGCAGCUGGAAGAAGCUUCCAGAAACACACGGGAUCAAUUCCUGGACACCCUGCAGGCGCACACAUGUGAUGUCAAUAGCUUUGUGCGCAGUCGUGUGCUGCAACUCUUCACCCGAAUUGUGCAACAAAAAGUGAGUUGUGAGGGAGUUGAGCAUCCUUUAUCAAUUCCAUACCUCAAAGGGUAGGAGGAUAGUUUGCAUUGGGAAGUGCCAUCUCUCUUGACUUGGAGGUUUUUGGUAAUUGUAGAUUGCAGGGGCUUUGUUCUAGUUUUCCUGUCCUGCCAAGUUUAAUUGGUUUGUUUAGGGUUAAUUUUGCCUCCCCUCUGCACACCUGCGAGUAGGAUUGUGUCUGCUGAGCAUCUACUCCCCUCCAGCCUUUGGUUCACCGUAUUUUGUCCAUCCUCUGCAGUUGAAGAAAGCAGGAAAUGGGCAGCCAUGUAUGCUAGCUGGACCUCCAGGUCCCCUCCUUAUGGAAGAGGCUAUGAGAAUAUCCACACCGUUUGUAAACACGGGCAUCCCCCCACUUACGCACAAUGGGCUUGCACAUGACCACACAUAUGUGCGGUACCAGGAAAAAGAUAAAUAAUUCAAUUCAAACCUGGACAUGGCGGGAGAGAGCUGGGGAGUUUUUCAUGAGGAGACCCUCCUUGGACCCCGAAGAAGAUGUCGGUGUGGGUGGAGGAAGCCCCGAGGAUACUGAAGGCACAGUAGUGCUUUGUUUAGUCUGCUCAGCCUCCCCGCCUAACAGCUGAUGCAUGUGAUAGCGCAGCAGCCACUUGUCCUACAGCCUCUUGCUGGCCCAAGAGCUUCAGUUCUAGUUGUGGAUAUUUAUUGAGACAGGUUUUUGGUCUGGAUUGGAGAGACAGUGGCAGAGAGGGCAUUUAAAAGGUGCUUAGAGGGUCUCCCCACUUACACGAUUUUCACCCAGAAUGUAACCCCCACGUACUGAACACUGAAACAAUACAAGAUUGGUGGGGGUGGAAAGGUGAGAGACAGGGCAGUGGGCUUUUCUAGGUCGCCCUUCCCAGCCUGGUUUGUAGAGAUUUGUCUCUUAUCUGGACUUUGUCAGAAAAUGCUACAUGUGAUGGCUGGAGAGAGCUAUAGACCUUCAAGGGAACAGUGCAAGUAGGAACCAGUCUAUAUUUCAAGGGCAAUUAUAAACAUCAUACACAUGUUUAGGACCAAAAGCAAAAUACAGGUUUCUAGUACCGCUAGAAGGUAACAUGGCAUUGGUGCCACUUACUGUUUCUACAGUUGUACCUGUUUAUAGCCUCUCGUCUCUUUCUUUCCUCCCUGCUUGUAGGCUUUGCCCUUAACUCAAUUCCAGUCUGUAGCAUGCUUAGCUGUGGGUCGCCUACAGGAUAAAUCUGUAAAUGUGGUUAAGAAUGCAAUUCAGCUGCUGGCUGCCUUCCUUUCCAACAAUCCUUUCUCCUGUAAGGUAAGCUCUUUAUCUCACAUUUUGCUUGGUACACUAACACCCUUUCCUGCCACUAUAGACACCCCCUUACCCAAACUUUGUUCCUACUCAUCCACAGUUGGAUGGAAAAGAAGAGGUAACUUGGUAGAUAAAUCUUAAACUCACACUGCAUGAAAUGUAACAUGUGCAAGAUAGAUUAGAGCAUCAAGCGUUUGUCAUUAUGCUCCUCCUGAUAACACACACACACACACACACAUAAACCUUUUCUGAUGGCUUAUUCCCCGCCCCCAAUUUCAUAAAAUACAGGGGGCCACACAGCAAGGGCAGUAACUCUUCAUUAGUUACUUUGGAAGGACUCUUCCUCUGAGUAGCUUAUGGGAGCUGACUAUUUUUUAAAAACUAUUAUAUGUUACUUAUAUCGGCAUUUGCUCAGAUAACUUGAACACAAUCUAACUUUUGGAUCACAUUCCCUUAGAUCUCACAAGAUUGGGAAGAAGGGGGUUUGGUGGGAGGAGCAUGAAAUUAGCUGCAUUAACAAGAAUUCUUAUGUUCACAGUUAAGCUGCACAGACUUAACUGAGCUGCUUGAGAAAGAGAAGCAGAAACUUCAGGAAAUGAAGAGCAAAGGCAGAACCAAAACUGGUAAUGUACUUUCCCCUGUGCCGCAGCUCAACAUUUGAGGUGCCCCUGGCUGGGGAGGUGUGGGGAAAGGCAGAAAUGGAAAAGGAAAAGGCAUGGAGAAUAGAAAGGCUAAGUUUGAGACCCGUGGUGAGAGUGGAACACAGGAGAAGUCUCCUGGAGACUCAAACAUAAUUCAAAAUUGUACCUUCAGUUCCAACAAAGCCUGUAUGAGGGGAUGUCUUAGAGAACACACCUUAAGACAUUUGCAAUUGGUACAUAGUUGUGUGUUGUCUCCCUUAUUAAGGAGACUUAAGCCCAAUUCAUAAGUCCAUGGCUGCUUUGGAUUCAGGAAUGUUUCCCAUUUCAAACAGUUUUCUAUGGCAGGGUGAAAACCAGUUAAUCAGCUGGAAAAGAUCUACCCCAAAUCCCAACCCAGCACUCUUAACCACUACACCACUGGCUCUGUACAGAAGUAACAUCUCCAUUCAUUGGUCCACCCACUUUUGCCUCUAGCCCCGUACAUCACUGUCAUGUAGCUCUUGAAAGGUUGCCUAGAAGGAAUGCAGCGCUUGGGCUGAAAAGGGUUCCCCCACCCCUUGCUCCAUAGAGCACUAACUUCCCAUUAACUGCUGUUCAUCUUGAUGGUGAUGAAGGCUUAAUCUGACUCUUCCACCUCGCAGCUGUGGUGAUCCCUCCAGAGGAGGAGUGGGAAGCCAUGCAGCCAGAGCUUCAAGCAACCUUGAAGAGUUGCCUUUGCUCAAUAAGGCAGGAAGAAGAGGUGGGUGAGCUUGAGACGGAGGAUCCAGCACAAUUAUUUGAGAGCAUUGUCCAGCUGUUAAGGAAAUCCAAUUACAAGUGAGUAAACCCAGAAAGGAUUUGUGUGCUUCUCAUCGCAGUAGGAUGGGGUUUUGUCUUGGGAGCUACGUGUCCCAAAUAUUCCCCCGCAAGUAAUUCUAAGGGGACGCUGCAUCUCUCAGAUGAGCUGGAUGAAUGUGCGAAGGGCAGCUGGAUCACAUAUUUUGCCACACGUGCUUUCAAUGCAGGGGUGCCAUUCAUCUGACACAACAAGGUAUGCGCCAGUUCCAGGCAGUGGAGCCCUUCAGCGGACCAAGAACAAAGGGUGAUGAGGAAGACUUUAUCCUGAGCGUGUUGAGAACGCUUUACAUAGGUUUGUCAUUGAAAUUCUACUCAAUAUUGAUCCAGCACACCAGAAGGAAAAAAGAUAGAAAGAGAAAGUGAAGCACAGGCUCCUACUGGCCUUAUUUUUAUAGUCAGCAUGACCUUGACAGAGAUAAGAGAACCAGUUUAAGCCAGCUGUACUCAGGUUCUCUGAAGGAAUAACCCAAACAUCAUGAACCUUUUGCUUGUUUCUUUCACACAGAGAAGCUUCCAGAACCUUCUUGAAUUAAUUAGAAUAGGAAAGAUCACAUCAGAUCAAUACUUUCUGCAAACUGACACUGUUGGUGCUCCACCUCACUUUGCUGCUUCGUUGGCUCCAGUACCCCCUCUUUACAAACAUGGAUGCCACUAUUGCAUCUAACUGUAUCUUUUCUCACAUGAAGUAAGUAGUGGAAGGUACCAAAAUCAAAAAGGGUUUGUGGAUGUGGAAGCUAAACUCGUUCUUCUUCACCAUACCUCUCAGCAGUCAGGCACCCAAACAUGACCCCAUCAAGCACCCUUGACCCCAUCGCACUCCCAAUCUUGAAGCAGGAUCUAAGAAAAGCACACAAAGCAAUCAAGCACAGUGGGAGGGGAGAAUGUGAUGGAUUCAGUUCUCCCACCCAUGUUUAAUGAAGUUUAGUCUACCCAUCCACUCCCAUCAUAGUGGCUGCAACUAUUGUUAGAUUGACACUGGUUCCCUUCCACACUAGACAUUUGUCUGGAAAAAUGGAGAACACUGUUAUCUUUCAUCAGACUCGGCAUGUGGUGAUAAAUUCACCAUUGCAAUUUAGGUCUCUGCAAUUGUAUUUAGACCUCCCCUAUGAUAGUGUGUUGGAGCUGCAUGGAUCUUCUUUCUGUGUUUCAGGGUCCCAGGCUGAAGGUGGUGCCCAAGAAGCUACAGAUGGGGAGGAGGAACAAGCCCAGGAAAUGGAGCAGCCUCCAGAAGAGUUAGUAAAGCAGGAGAUGCUGGUGCAGUACUUACAGGAUGCCUACAGCUUCUCUGCAAAAAUCACUGAAGCCUUGAGCUUGGUCUCCAGACUAAUGUAUGAAAGCUCUGUCUCUGGUAGGUGUAAUCUCCUACUCCUGGUUUAUCUUUUCCGGAUAAUGCUAGUUUUAUAUAAUGUUGUUGUUUUUUAGUUUGUGAAGCCCAAGGAUGCGGACAGAAUUUUUGGUGAAGUAAUGCCUUUUGCAGGAUAGUUCAUCGUUUGCCCUUCUUUGCUUAUAAAAGCCCUACCAGAAGAGGGGACUGGUUGAGUGGGUAAGGGUCAUUGUCUCUGAGACAGAGCUGUUUCCAUCAGGCUCAAAAGAGGCACGGUUAAGAUCUUUGUUUAAAAAGUAAAACCCUCCAUGAAUCGCAUCUUGUUGAAGAAUUGCCAGACAGUCUCCAGUAUUCCAUUUUUUGGGGGGUGGGGGAGAGGUUUAAGGAUGUUAUGGCAUCUCAACUCUGCAAUUUCAGUCCAGUUUCAGCCUUGGUUCUGGGACAGAGACAACUCUAGUCACCUUAGGUGAUCUACAGCAGGAACUAGGCUAGGGAAGAGCACCCCAAUUGGUUCUGAGCCGCUUUCAAUACCAUGGUACCCUGGGUCAUUGGACUGGGUGGAACUGUUUUGUGGUGGUUCCAGUCUUUCCUGGAAGGGGUUUCAGAAGAUGGUUGUGGGCCCUAUACAACACCUUGGGCUCUAUCCUAUGGGGUCCGACUAUCCCCUAUCUUGUUGAACAUCUACUGUGACGUGUUCCACAUGGGGCUGCCUUUGAAGACUGCUUAGUUGCUAACUUAGGUGCCUAUAAAGCCCCAAACAACUUUGGUCCAAUAUGUGGAGGAAGGGUGGAGCACUCAAUCCCUCCUCUGUGUCUAGCAUUGAAACCAGGUCUACUGCCACAGGACGAAAGCACCAUCCUCUCCUUAGGAUAGAGAUGCAGCAGGCAGGAUGGAGCCCUCGGUCCUUCUGCCACCCUUCAGGAGGCCAAUAACAUGUUUUGGCUAGUAACUUUUCUUGUGGCUCAUUUACAAGGCUGCCUAACAGAAAUGCAACAUGAACAUUGCAGCGUUUAAGGCAUGGGGGGGUUAAAGAUGCAGUAGAAAACCAAGUGCCCUCACCAUCCUUUUCUCUUCUUUCCCCCCCAGUUAUGCAGGAAGCUAUUGAAUUCUUUGUGAUAGUCUCUCAGUUUGGUGUCCCUCAGGCUGUUCUUGGAGUACGUCGAAUGCUUCCUCUUGUAUGGUCCAAAGAGCCAGGAAUCAGAGAUGCUGUGUUGGAUGCUUACAGGACGCUCUACCUGAAUCCUAGUGGAGACUCUGAAAGGUUUGGCUGACGCCCUUCCACCUGCCAUGACAGAGUAGAUUGUGCUUUAUCUUAACUGGGAGUUCCGGGGAGGGGUGGAGAAGAUGCAGCUACAAUCAAGUACAGUGGUACCUCGGGUUACAUACGCUUCAGGUUACAGACGCCGCUAACCCAGAAAUAUUACCUCGGGUUAAGAACUUUGCUUCAGAAUGAGAACAGAAAUUGUGCAGUGGCGGCACAGCAGCAGCAGGAGGCCCCAUUAGCUAAAGUGGUGCUUCAGGUUAAGAACGGACCUCCAGAACGUAUUAAGUACGUAACCAGAGGUACCACUGUAUACUAUUUCUAUGUGGCCAGUCCUGAGGUCUGAUUUACACCUUCAGAUUGAAAUCCAGUGUCCUCCUUGGGUGCACUCUUUGGGUUUCACAUAACAAGGAAUGCAUCUCUCAAACUGCCUUUUCCCUCUAAAUGAAUACACUGGUUAUGGACUCUGUCAAGUUACUUCUUUUGGUGUAGUCGCUAUUCACCUUUUUAAUCUAGGUUUGCAAUCAUGGCAGCUGUUAAGUAGAAUCUCUAGAUCCUUUAUCUUUGUCUUUUAAUUCUCUUCCUGCUUCUCUCCAAUACACAGGGCUCGAGCCCAGCACUUGGUGAAGUCUCUCUCCCUCCUCCUGGUGGAUGCGUCACUGGGGACCACUCAGUGUCUCGGAGAAAUUGUGAGUGUGCUUUCCCCUGUAACAGACCACCUCUCACAAACCCAGUCACACUUGACUCAGAGUAUAAGCCUGUUUUGAAAGUUUUUUUCUUGUGUUCUUUGAACUCUUGAGGAACUUACUAAUACAGUGGUACCUCAGGUUACAUACGCUUCAGGUUGCAGACUCCACUAACCCAGAAAUAGUACCUUGGGUUAAGAACUUGGCUUCAGGAUGAGAACAGAAAUUGUGCUCUGGCGGCGCUACAGCUUCUUUAGUUUAGGAAAGGACACAACUGCCGGGGGGGGGGGAGGUUUCUUGAGAAUGGAAUAUUAUUGGGCAUAUGAAGAUAGAACUUUUUCCUCCACAGUACUGGCUGUUGGGGUCAUUCAAGUUUGAAGGACAGUAGAUUUAGAAGAAAAGAGUACUUCCCUGGACACAUAAUUUGUAGAAUUUGCUAUGCUGGUGACCACCUGCUUAGAUCCCAUUUCAAAAGGAGGAUAAGACAAAUUUGCAGAUCAAAUUAUACCUUUGUUCAGAGGCUGUGGUCCUCUGAAUCCUGGCUAUUGGGGGGCAAGUGCUAGGAGGAGGGUUGUUGCUUCCGUUCCCUGCUUAUGGGCUGUUUAGAAGCAUCAUGCUGGAUAUUGUUGGGAAGAGAAAGAUGGACUAUUAGUCUGUUGCUAUUGGGAUCUUGUGUAGUGUAAUGUGUUUUUAGUCCUUGUUUAAUUAUUGUGUUAGGGUGGAAAAGUGAAAUUGGUCAACCAGAUGAUAGUCUCUUAACCCACACUCCCGACAGUAGGUUUGAAAAGUUGGAAUGGGCAUUUAACACACACUCUCUCUCUCGUGUGUGCUGUGCUCGUGUCGCUCUCUCUCUCUCUCACACACACACACACACGUAUAACUCACCCAAAUUUCUGCAGCAUAAAAGCACUCCUCUGCUCCAAGUUGCAGCUUCUUUAUUCCAGCCACUUAAUCUGCACAGAAUUGACCUCACUUGCUUUUGGGGGGGAGGGGAAUAACUUACAUGCUUUUUAUUUAAAAUUUUAAAAAUUAACAAUUGAUUGCUUUUUCUUCCCUGAUAAUCUUUGUGGUUCCCUAGAUCUCUGAGUUUGUGCAAAAAGAUGAAAUAAAACCUGCUGUGGUCCAGCUGCUCUGGGAACAGUUUACAGAGAAAUUGCAGUGUUCAGCAUUGGAGCGCCAUGCUGCCAUCAUGCUUCUUGGGAUGAUGGCACGGUGAGUCUUUAAUUUAGCCUCCUGUGUCCUGUCUCUUUCAAAGCAACAGAUUCCCCCCCCCCCAGCUCUUGCUCUUUUCUACCCUCACUCUCUUGGUUAGGUAGGUGAGGGGAAGCCCAAGUAAUCUUGAAAUUUGGUUGGUUUGGCUGUAUUGCCCUUUUUGCCAUAGGUAUGUGGUCCUCACCAGAGUUCAAAGGUGUUGCAUUUUGUGUGGGCCAAUGAGUUUCAGAAGUCAGAUAUCAUCCACCGGUGUUCUUACUGUUGUGGUACCCCAGUGAAAUCAUUUCUCUCGUCUCCCACUAGCUGAGGCUUAAUGCAUAACUAAGCAUGGGGAAUGAUCUCUUAGGUUGUUUUGCUUCUGUGGUAUAUUUGGAUUUUAGUGGCUUGAGUCCUUCAGAGUCACUCUCAUGUGGUUCUAACAAAAUGUGUUUUUGCCUUCACCAGAGGGAAGCCUGAGAUUGUGGGGAGCAACCUGGAUGUUCUGGUAACAGUGGGGCUGGAUGAGAGAGUGCAUGGAGAUUAUCGCCUUGCCCGAGAAGUGUGCAAUGCCAUCUCCAAAAUUGCCAGCAGCCAGAAGGUCAGAAUCUGCCUGUGAUGGGUGUAAAGUUAUUUUCUUGUGUUAUCUGCCACAACAGGUGGCAGCCAACUUCGAUAAGUCUGGGUCUUGGAGUUUUAUCAGUAAUGAAUAUUGCAUGUAUUCUUUGCCCCCAGACUGUAAUAAUAUUCAGUGUAACUAUACACCUUCACCUUGCAUCAUUACAACAGCCCUACUGUGCCUAGUGUUCUAAGUUUUAAUUGGCAUUUGGAAGCCACUUUCAGCUAUGGGGCAAUUCAUGCUCUUCUAGUCACUUCACAAUAUUGCACUACUGGUCUGCAGCUGGUGAGCUGGGGCCUUCUAGCACAGGCAUCCCCAAACUUGGCCCUCCGGAUGUUUUGGGACUACAGUUCCCAUCAUCCCUGACCACUGGUCCUGUUAGCUAGGGAUGAUGGGAGUUGUAGUCCCAAAACAUCUGGAGGGCCGAGUUCGGGGAUGUCUGUGCUAGUGGGUUGUGGCUUGAGCCAAAAUGGAUUGCAACAGGAUAAGUACCACUAUGCAAAUAUAUAUGGUAAAAGAUUAAGAAAUGGGUAUGUUUGGGCUAAACGUGGGCCCUGCAUCUGCCAAGGUUGAAUAUACCUGCUCUAGAUCAGGUGUGAGGAACCUUUGACCCUCCCGAUGUUGCUGAACUACAGCUCACGUUAUCCCUGGUCAUUGGCUAUGCUUGCUGUAGCUGAUGGGACUUGUAGUUCAACAGCAUCUGGAGGGCGAAAGUUUCCCCUUUCCAGUUCCAAAUCAUUGUCCAAAAGCCAGGGCUCUCCCGUGCCCUUUAAGUGCCACAGCCCAAUCUGACCAAGCAUGUGUCAUUUAACCGUUGUUGUGAAUAGAGGACAGAGUUCUGAUGCGAAAAUCUCAAGCUGCUGUGCUUGGCCAAACUCACGGAGCAGUUGCGAGGGUAGCUUUAAAUUAGAACUGUUUAUUUUUGCUACAUUUAAUCAGUUUAUUGCUGAAAGGCAAACAGGGCAAGGUUUUGAUGGACAAAACCUGAUGCGCUCUCUUUCUACUUACAGCCUGGCCUUGAGAAAAGGAGUCAUCCCUUCCGGCUUCCUCAGUCACAUCAGCUCUUUGAACGCCUGCGCGAAGUGAUAACUGUGGGUGAGUUACUGAAACUGCAAUACGAUGGGUGAGUCUGUAUGCAAGCUGGUUGCCUUACCUAAUAUAAGUAGUCCUUCUGUUCUUCUUUAGGCUUUGCUAGAUCAAGUGCAUACUGGAUCCCUUUCACAGAGACAGCAAUUGCCCUCAUCUAUCAGCUGGCAGAAGGGCCUGAGGAAAUAUGUGCUCAGAUCUUGCAGUGCUGUAGCCAGCAGGCCCUGGAGAAGUUGGAGUCUGAGGGGGCUGAGGCAGGUGAGUUGGAAAUGGGAAAUGCCCCCAUUCCUUUUGGUUUACUCUUAUGUGGCUGUGAGGAGAAAGGGUGAAAUGGAAAAGAGAUGACCAAGAACCCAGUAGAUGAGCAGGUUAGGUACAGGGCAACAAGGACUCUGGGUAGUAAAUGUGCAGCGCUGAAAAAUAAGGGCAGACUGCAAAUGCGUCAUGGAACAGUUUUUAUUUGCUUCCAGAGCCUGGGCCACCUUCUCCCAACAAGGUUGCUGACGAGCUUAGCACUAUUGACACCAUGGUGUUGACACAUCUGAUCUCUCUGGCUGGGGACGUGGCGUUGCAGCAGCUUGUACAUCUGGAGUUGUCAGUGAGCGCAGAGCUACGCAGGCGCCGAGUCCUUGGGGAAGAACGGGAAGCGAAAGAAAAGGCUGCAAGCAAAACGAAGGGGCAGAAUAACAAGGUGAGGGGGCUGGAUUUCUAUCACUUCUGCUUCAUUGGUCUCCUGGCACUUUUGACACCGUAGCAGGAACUGAUCUCUAUUUCUCAUCUGGCCAUAAAAUUCUGCAGGGCCCUCUGCUGUUCAGGAGCGCUCUCUCUCUCUCUCUCUUUAAAAACAGCCAAACCUUUCUGAGCAAAUCCUUCUGUGUAAGUCCCUUGCUAGGUGUGCUUGCUUGUCACUACUUCAUCUGGAAAAGUGAGGAGAAGCAGAGUGUUACUAGGGCCUUAGAUAUUUAUACAAGUUGAUCAUACCUGGUUUGACACUGUUUUUACAAAGGUAAUGCUUUGUUAUCUCAUUAGGAGUAGUGAGACCCUUUCCCUUGACAUCUCAUGCUGCAAACAUGCUACUUGCUAGAAUUGUUUGGUAUUCAAAAUCUUUCAGUUUGUUUGUAAACCAUUGACCUCUGCUCUGCUCCUAUAAAAACAAAUGAAUCUGAUCUGCAGAGUAGAUCCCCAAUACUUGAGUUAGAGACAGAGCCCCAAUUUUCUGGAAGUGCUUCCUCAGUUGGAAUUAGGGGUGCAGGGAAUACUGCCUGACGAGUUAUCUGUGUCCUGCCUUUCUUUGCACUUAACUCUCUCCUGCUUUUAAGCUGGGCAGUCUGUCCUGGAGGGGAAGAGUUUAGAAAGUGCUAACUUCUGGUGGCUUCUUUCUCUCUGCUCAGAGUACUGGGAAUGAUACCACCAUGGAGGAGGACCUUGGCUUGGUUGGGGCUUCUGCUGACGACACAGAAGCAGAGCUCAUCCGCACCAUUACUGAAGCAGAGCUGCUGGAUGGUGAGUGUUGCUGUUUGAGUAGGAAUGCAGGCUGUAGGCUACUUUGCUUAGUUUGUGAGAAACCAUUGCACAAAUGAAGCCCAGUUGUAGGCUUCUAUUUUGGACUGAUCUGCUGCAACCUCUCUACCGCCUCUUUCUGUAUAGGAAAACAGCUGCUUUCAACCUUUAUUCCCCUGGUACUCAAGAUUUGCAACAACCCAGGACUCUACAGUGAUCCAGCACUCUCAGCUGCUGCCACAUUGGCCCUUGGGAAAUUUUGCAUGGUCAGGUAUUUAUCUUUUUGUGUUCUUCCCCUUCCUGCUCCUCUGGAACCCCUCUUGCAUGGUUCUGUAUUCCAUUCCAAACUGUAUUCCAUUCAACAACUUGGAGCCACCACUCUGACAUACUUGACACUGAUUCCCUUUCCGUUCGCAUUCAGUUCAGAGUUUUGUGACUCUCAGUUGCGGCUCUUCUUCACCAUGAUGGAAAAAUCCGCCCUCCCUAGCGUGCGCGCCAACCUCAUGAUUGCAGCCGGAGACCUGGCCAUUCGCUUCCCCAACUUGGUGGAGCCUUGGACACCCCACCUCUAUGCUAGGUAAAUCUUUGGUAAGGAAGAUUGGGAGGGGUGUAGGGCUUGAAUCUGGGCGAUGGAGGGCUGUAAUAGCAUGCAACAGUGCUUGGAGCAGGAGCAGGACUUCUCCAGACGGGGGAAGCCUGCAGGACUCCAAUGGAAGCAUCAGGUUAUAAUGGCCUGGCUGCUUACUGCUGUUGUUUGGGGGGGGGCGUGCUUUGCUCCUCAGGCUGCGGGACCCUUGUCGGAGCGUGAGGCAGACAGCUGCUUUGGUUAUGACUCACCUGAUCCUCAAGGACAUGGUGAAAGUGAAGGGGCAGGUGAGCGAAAUGGCAGCUCUUCUCAUCGACCCAGAGGAGGACAUAGUGGGACUCGCUCGGAACUUCUUCACAGAACUCUCUGGCAAGGUGAGGCGAAAGGGCGUGGUGCAAAUCUUCUGGAGUGCAAAGCAUCAAUCUUGCUCACUUUACUGUGCUUUUAACAUGUUAUAUGAAGCAGGUCAGCAAAGAAUAGUUGCCAUAUAAAAGCUUCAGUUCCUUUUUUUAAAAAAGCAGCACAGGACAAUUCAAAACGGAAAUGGGCUUAAGCACUUUGGUUUGGGACGUGCCUGUUCAGGACAGGGGAAGAUGCAAACUGAAUUUCACCUCAAAGUUAACCUGUAAAUCUGAAACUCCCCUUUAUGUUGAAACCUCCUAGGGAUUUGUGAUGGUGACACUCUCAUUCACUGUUGGCCAAUGCCUAUAUUUCCCAAGGUUUCACUUCCUCCACUAGGACUUACAUAAGCUUGAAGUUCAAUUCCUAUUUCAUCACAGGAAUGCAAAAUGAGGAGGACAGCAGCACACCCGGCAGAGGCAGCAGGAAGGACAGUGCAGAUCAGGGUCAAAAUCAAGCUAUGAUGCUGUUCUAUGUUGGUAGGCACUAGACAAUCUGGCAGCACCGUUUUGUAACCAGUUGAAGUCUCCAAAUAUUUUAUGUGUGCAUCCUAUAUAGAGAGAAGUUUACAGUAGUCAAGUCUAGAGGUUCCCAGGCCUUGAAUGUCCAUCGCCAAGUCUGACUUCUUUGGAACAGACACAGUUGAUAUACUAGCCAGAGCUAGUGGAAAGCACUCGGUUCGAAUCCACAUGACGGAGUGAGCUCCCGUUGCUCUGUCCCAGCUCCUGCCAAUCUAGCAGCUCAAAAGCACGCCAGUGCAAGUAGAUAAAUAGGUAUUGCUGCGACAGAAAGGUAAACGGCGUUUCCGUGCGCUCUAGCUUCCGUCACGGUGUCCCGUUGUGCCAGAAGCGGUUUAGUCAUGCUGGCCACAUGACCCAGAAAGCUGUCUGUAGACAAAUGCUGGUUCCCUUGGCCUGAAAGAAGGAUGAGCGCCGCAACCCCAUAGUCACCUUUGACUGGACUUAACUGUCUAGGGGUCCUUUACCUUUACUCCUAGUGAUCUCUUGUGUCUGACAAAGGAGCACACCCCAAUCUACACAACUAAUAUUUUUCAGGGGGACUGCAACCCCAGCCAAAGCAGGGCUGUACACCUAAUUAUCAGUCAGGCAACACCACCCAACAAUAUCCCAAUCUCAACUGGAUUAAGUUUCAAACAGUUCUUGGAUUCUACUGCCUUCCUCAGAUCUGUUGAGAGUGAGAGCUGGGUGUUGCCCAAAUCUCUGGACAACUGUAGCUUCAUAUAGAUGUUGAAAAACAUGAGUGAUGAGAUGGGACCUCAUCUGGUCAGAAAGUAAAGCAUUAAUCCCUCAAAACCUUCUCAGACCUGGAGCACAUCUUUUACCACAGUGCUUACCCAAACACUUCUGAAAGCCUACCCAGAAGGAUAGCAUGAUUGAUUACGGAGAAGCCCCAGCGAAUGAAGCAUAAUAACAUAUCCCUGCCCAUCUCCUGCCACAACUCAUCCACUAGCAAAGGGCUGCAGAACCCUUUCCGCCAGGGGGUGCAUUCCCUUCUGAGGGUUAUGUGUCAGUGGUAGGCAGGGCAGAGGCAAACAUGGAUGAGCAGCAAAUGCAAACAUUACCUUUGUGCCGAAGACGAGUUUCUGCACACACUUACGCACUCUUCUGUCCUCCAUCCAGACACACGAGGCAUUAUCAGAGUUCAAGGACACAUUCCAGCCAGGCAAAGACACUCAACGAGGGUGUGAAACAGGGCCACUUACGAGUGGCCUGGGGGGCUGCAAAUGGCCCUUGGGCCUGAGCUUCCCGACCCCUGCAUUAGGACAGCCAAUGCAGUUUCAGUUGCAAAACCCAAUCAAAAGGCCAGUUGGGAGGGAUCCAGGCAACCAAGGUCAGCCAAACUUUGUGAGUCCCUGUUCAGUGGUCACCAGAACUAAAUGUUCUUAAUCGUGAACUGUUAGAACAUUUUCUGGUGUGUUGCUUUGAUUGUAUAUUUAAAUGUUCCAAAGCAGAUCAAAUUGCUACUUUCUCCACCAAGAAGCCAAAACAAAACUAUUUUGCUUGAUAUUCUGAUGUUAGACAGUAUCCUCCUCCUUUUCUCACAUUCUCUGAAAAUAUCCUUCUGUUGUUGUUGUUUAGUCGUGUCCGCCUCUUCAUGACCCCAUGGACCAGAGCACGCCAGGCACUCCUGUCUUCCACUGCCUCCCGCAGUUUGGUCAGACUCAUGUUUGUAGCUUGGAGAACACUGUCCAACCAUCUCAUCCUCCCCUUCUCCUUGUGCCCUCCACCAUUCCCACCCCCAGGCUCAUUUCCAGGGAGUCUUCUCUUCUCAUGAGGUGGCCAAAGUCUUGGAGCCUCAGCUUCAGGAUCUGUCCUUCCAGUGAGCGCUCAGGGCUGAUUUCCUUCAGAAUGGAUAGGUUUGAUCUUCUUGCAGUCCAUGGGACUCUCAAGAGUCUCUUCCAGCACCAGAAUUCAAAAGCAUCCAUUCUUUGGCGAUCAGCCUUCUUUAUGAUCCAGCUCUCACUUCCAUUCAUCACUACAUUCAUCACUCUUCUGUACUUCAUGCUAAAAGUGGCACCUGCUUAUCCCAAGGAGAGAAAGAGUCCUUAUGCUCUUUCUAGGCUUGUUUGCAGGUGGCUGUGCUUGCACUCGGUCAAAAAUGCUUCUCUCUGUAUCCCUAGCUACAAAGCAAAAAGGCAGUCUCUGGGUCAAACUCCUGUCUUGGUUUUAGUGUGUAUCUUAACCAAGAAUCCCCCAAAAUCCAGGGGCCCAUCUUCAGGGCACAAAUAGUGGACUGGGGCAACGGUUCGACAGCUUCUGCUCCUUUCCAUGCAGGAUAACGCUGUGUACAACUUGCUCCCGGACAUCAUCAGUCGUCUCUCAGAUCCAGACUCUGGCAUAGAGGAGCAGCCUUUCCGCAUCGUUAUGAGGUAGCCUUGUUUUGUGUUUCCCUCCCACCCCACCUUUGAGGCACAGAACUUCCUGUGUGCCCAGACUGACAGAAGGGUGCAGCUAUGGUACCAGGCCAAAUUUGCAAAUGGCUGUCCUGAAACGCUUGCUAAAUAUAAAACGGAAAACAGAACAGUGUGUCAGGUUGGGGAGGGACUGGGUAAAUUGAAUCUCCUGGUUCAGAGAUGCCAGUUUCUGGGAGGCAAAUCGGUGAAGGCAUGUUGCUUCCUUCACACCUUGCUUGUGGGUUUCCCAGAAAUAUUUGGCUGGUCGCUGUUUGGAUCCUUGGUCUUAUCCAGGUAAGCUGUAUUAAGGGGUCACAAUGGGAGCCAAACUUUCCCUAAGCGCCUGUCCUGUUUUAAGACUCCUGCAGGAUGCAGCAACGUUUUGGAAUCCCAAGUCUAUUCAAGUUUGCAGAAAGGGCUUGUGAGACUCUUACACCUUUGUUUAGAGGAGGUCUGAGUCUCUUCUCAUCAUACGGGUCCCUGUAAGGCUCAGUGAUACACUUUUACUUUCAAUAUUGUAUGUUAACAUUCCUGAUUCCCUCCACUGUUAAAGACUGUUUUCAGAGAGGGAAGCUGCCAUUCUUGGUAACAAUGCUCUUGUAUAGUCAACUAGCAUUGUAAAUUCCGGCGUCGGAUGUUUGGAUAGGCUUCUCUCCUUUUGGUUCCUUCCGACUCUUUGUAGCUCCUGCUGAUAUAGGGAAGCUGCAAUAGGAGAGUCUGUGUGAAACUAUGGAACCCUGGGGGCCAACAACAACUGCCUCCUUCAUUCCUCUUUUUACUCUCCUCCACAGGCAGCUCUUCUCUUAUAUCACAAAGGAGAAGCAGACAGAGAGCUUGGUGGAAAAGCUUUGUCAGCGGUUCCGGACUUCUCGGUGAGUGAGGAAUUGCUAGGGAAAUGUGCUAUCUGGGAACAACCUAUCUCAGUAUGCUAGAUCCUGAAAUUUGAAGCCGUAGGCUCUGGAAUGAGGAACUUCGUGGGUGAGAAUUGGAUGGAAAGGGUGUGCUUGCUUCACUGAAGUAUGGUAACGAGUCAUGGAGAGCAAAAGCUCACUGUUACUACUGUCUUACGAAGUUACAAAUGGAUGAUGAAUAGCACUUGGCCUGCCUGUGAGACAGUUCAGUGGGCAAGACUGUCUGGGCUCAUCCGUUGACCAGUGGACCAAUAGCUAUAGAAGCCUGGGUGCGGAGGGAUUGAUCCUGCCAGACUGUAUUCUCUCCCUGGCAGGGAGAAAGUCCGUCAGAACUGCACCCUGUCUCUCUGAAGUCGCUGCAAAGUGUCCUUGCAGGAAUUAUUAGGGGCAGGCCAAAAAAAGAAAAAAACAGAACUAGUCGUCAUUUCCUUAUUUGCCAUACUGGCAACGUUGCUAGGGUGAAGUAUAUAUAUAUUUUGUUUUGAAGCUAGUGAAGGCACGCUUUCCUGAGGGGUUUUUUCCUGAAAUUAAAAAGGGUGUUUUCCUAGUUUUAAGGGGAGAGGCAAUGACUAGAGCAUAGAAAUCCUUUACAGUGCUAUAAAAGAGGUGUGCCUAAAUGGCAGUGUCUGCGGCCUUUUUUUUCUUUUUUUUCUUCUAGGUUGUGUGCUGAUUAUUUAGAAAGAAGCUCUUUGUCCAGUUUGAAUACUUGCCAGAAACUGAGGCGGCAGCUACAGCCAGCCAAGAUUUUCUGCAAUGCUUCAACAAAGCGAAUUAGCAACCCAAGCAUAGCAUUAGUAAAAUCUUGUGUUCAGUGUGCUUUGCUGCACUACUGGAUAAUGUUUCCUUUAGUUGUUUCUGUGUUUAAAAUCUCUUAUUUCGCCUUCCACGAAUGGCCCCAAAUCCUUGUACUACCAAUUUCCAACUACUCUUGCACAGGCUGUCAUGGAAAAUUGUAUGAAAUGCUCGUGCAAGUUGGUACUUUGUCCCGUGUGUCUGAUUAGCUCUCCGCUUCCUGAUUUCUGCAUACAACAGGCAGGCCUAGUUCUGGGUGAAGUGGUAAACCUUUGUCUGGGCUGGGCUGCAGGGGCUUACAGGAUGUCAAGCACUCCUCAGGACAUUCCACAGCAAAGUCGUUUUUCUGGAGCUCCUGCUUUGUUCACUGUCACUUGAAAGCUUAUCUGCCAAAGCAGCCCUAGUUACAGGUAAAGAAGCAAUGUCAGUGGUGAUGGUGCUUGCAAUCAGAAAAGGUCCAGCCCGGGCACAAAUUUCUCAGCUCUUAUCAGAGCUAGGCAUUAGUAUCUCCUUAGUGUUGUAAACCUUGAACCAGGGUUUGAUAGCCUUCCUCACCAUGGCAAGGGAAAGGCAAGGCUCAGGGGAGCGAGAUGAGCUUUGGCGCAACAAAGGAGAAUGGAUGAAACCCAACCCUCCCCAACCCUCAUUUUCAGUCUGGGAUCUGUUUGGGCUCUGUGCUUUGCAGGCUUCUAGCCCAGGGCAAACCAGGGCACUUCCACCUAGAGCAGAAUCCCCUGGCCACUGUGGCAAAGACAAGACACCCUCCCUUGUUUCAACUGGUUUGCAAUCCCUGAAGCUGAAGGCAGGUUGCUUUUUUGCCUCUCCUGCAGAACGGAGCGUCAGCAUCAUGAUCUGGCGUACUGCCUCACCUUGCUUCCUCUCACAGAACGAGGUCUUCGCAAGAUGCAAGACAACUUUGAUUGCUUUGCUGACAAGCUUCAGGAUGCAGCUGUCUACAACUGCUUCCUGGCUGUCUUGGGCCGGCUUCGCAGGAUGUCCACGAAGCCUGAGAUGAAGGUGAGGGCCGUUGUUGUGUUUUGUGCCCCCCCCCCCCAGUAGGGCAGGGAAGAGGUUGCCAUUUUUCUCCCGAAACAAAGAAAAGUGAAAGCUUCUUCAACUGCUGGCAUCCAGACACGCCAUAUUUUCCUUGCUUUCUGAUAUGUGUUGAUUUCUGCUUUUGCAUGGGGUGUCAUUUAUCAGGCUCUUGCUGAAGAAUUCGAGCAGAAGCUCCGCACGUGCCACAACAGGGGCCUGGAGUCUCUCGCUGAAGAUCCUCCUGGGGAGUCAGUAGACCCCAAAGUCAGAAAUACUCCUGCGCCCCGGACGACAAAGAAAGCAGCAGCAAGUAUGUCCACAGUUUAAGAGUUUGCACUAACACCUUUCAGCAGCAUGAACGCUCAGGGUUGCCUACUAAAGCGAAGUGCCAAAUCUUCACCAGCUUAAUGUUUUUUUAAAAACACCUUGAAUAUUUUCUAAACUCUUGAGGGGUUAGGAAGAACUGAACUCAAGGCCGCUAUGGCACAAUAGGUGCAAAGAGGGUGCAGCAAGAGACACUGGGAAUUAUGCACAAUGAAUAGGACUUCCAUCCGUCACCCAUUGUAUUAUCUGUCUGCUGCUUUUCCACAGAAAAAUCAUGCUCAAAGCGGCUUACAGUAAAGAGAAAUGCAUUUCAAAAUCAAAUACUGCAAAACAGUUUAAUAAUAACGUAAUAAAAUAGCAAUAGCAAAUUUGACAAUAUGAAACAACAAUUCAAAUCUAACAAAAUUACAUUAGGUAAAGGGAGCCCUGACCAUUAGGUCCAGUCGUGGCCAACUCUGGGGUUGCGGCGCUCAUCUCGCUUUAUUGGCCAAGGGAGCCGGCGUACAGCUUCCGGGUCAUGUGGGCAGCAUGACUAAGCCGCUUCUGGCGAACCAGAGCAGCGCACAGAAACGCCGUUUACCUUCCCGCCGGAGCGGUCCCUAUUUAUCUACUUGCACUUUGAGGUGCUUUCGAGCUGCUAGGUUGGCAGGAGCUGGGACCGAGGAACGGGAGCUCACCCCGUCGUGGGGAUUUGAACCGCCGACCUUCUGAUCAGCAAGUCCUAGGCUCUGUGGUUUAACCCACAGCACCACCCGCAUCCCUUAAAAUUACAUUAACAGCAUCCAAAAGCAAAAAUAGCAAGGAAGCUUGACAGUUUCACCUCAGUUGUAGACACACCUCUGCCAUGAUAUUCACAGUCUCUCUCUUGUAGCAGCAGCUUAUAAGGCUUGUAAAGGCAAGUCCUGGGGUAGCUUAUCACAGUUGAUUAAAGAAUGCCUGUCCUUAUUCCAUGAUUUUUGUAGACCUGUUGUAGAAAAACAUUCGUGUUUUCUUUGAAACGGGGAAAACUUGACCUGCAGCCUUUUUUUCUUUUAACAAAAGCACACAAAAAACUCAGGAUACUGGGGGGGGGAACUUUCAGCGAUUUAGCAGUAUAACUUAACUUGCAGAUUUCUAUUAGCCUCCAGAGCUUGUACCUUCCAUCUCAGCUGUGGGGCGGCACACUUAGAGAUGGUAUGUAAAGCGCCUUGCACCGGAAUUGUCCCUUGUAGAAGCAGGCUUGGGAAAACUUUAGGAAUAAAAAUUGUAAAAAUGGGAGGGGACCCUGAGGGUCAUCUAGUCCAACCCCUGCAAUGCAGGAAUCUCAACUGAAACAUCAAUGACAGGCUAGGAAAAGGUAUGUGUGGUUUUGGGUGUGGUUUUUUAACAUGCCCAAUAAUAGAACCUUUAAAAAGUGUCCCACUUUGGCUUUAUGAAGAAUGUAGUAUCUACUUAAUCAUUUGCACGUUCAGUCUGUGUUCUUGUAGCUUCUUCAAACUCCCACUUCUUACGCAGGCUCCCGACGACGUCCUUUGCGUGCAGCCAACAGAGAGGCAGACUCGUCCUUCACCACUCCAGAGCCCCGUGUUUCCAAACCACGCAGAAAGACUUCAAGGGUCAAAAUUUCUGUUGUCUUCUCUAGUGAUGAGGAAAAUGCCCCAGAGGAAGGUGAGAUUAUGUUCUGUAUGUGCCUGAACAUUGAGAUAGAGGGGUCUCAUUUUGGAAUGGUCUUUCUUUCCCCCCCACCCAUGGAGACAUGAACACAUAAAGCCACCUCUUGUGCGUUUCCCUCGUUUCCUAUUUGAUCCGUUAGCCACCCUGGAAAUGUUUUUAUAUUGAAAAGUGGGUUAGAAUUUCAUUAAACGGGAGAUUGUUGCUUGAAGCUUGCUGCAGCUGUCACCCAGUGCACAGGCCAUUUGCCUCCAAAGCCAGCUGUUGCUUUCUUCUCUUUCAGAACUCUCUGCCGAACUGACGGAUGCGGAGACACCAAGCAAAACUACUCCCAUUUUACGUGCUUCAUCCCGCCGCGCUCAACGAUGAAGACACCCUGCAUAGACUCUCUCCUGGUUAAUUUGGGAGUAAAGCUCUCUGGGUUUUGGAAGUAUUGCUUCUCCAAGUUUUUGUAUAUGCUAAAGCAACGCAGAAUGCAAGCUUGGACUUUGAGUUCUUGCAUCACAACAUGGAGAUUGCGCAGCCUCUCUGCCCCAUGGGUUUUCAAAGGAGGUGAAGGUGCCGGUACACACAGGCAAAAAAGAUAUUUAAAAAGGCAGCGUAGGCCUUGAGAAAAUAUGUGCCAUUCGCUCGUAAGAACUAUCCUUGCAUUUUAGAUGGGUCCCGGAUUUUCAAAAUUGGUCUUUAAAAGCCACUAAUGUGUAUCACUUUUUAAAAUGUAAAAAAUGUAAUCACAAUAAAUGCAAUUAAUACAAACAUGCUCCUGUCCAAAGUUAUGUGACCACAGUGCCUAUUCCAGCAUUGAAUAAAGUCUGUUCACUUGUCAGCUGAACCAUCCAUUGCAUACCC